UCAAUUGUUUGAUAAAUUUUAAUCGAUCGCGAGUGAGCGGCGCAGAAAGAGCUUUCGCAAACGGAGGUAGAAACAGAAGUGUUCAGAAAGGAGAUUAGUGGGACGCGAAGCGUGCAUUACAGGGAAGAUGGAUGUUCCAGUAGACGCGCAGGAGCUGGCGUUGCCACCAAUCGAGUCGUUCAAGAACUGCCAGUAUCAUGUGCGGGUUAGUGGAACGACGGAUCUGGACAAGCGGGUAAUGUCGUUUGUGGACAAUUUGUGGGGGUUUGAGGUGACAGGAGGUGUUGAUCAGUAUGAACCGUUGACGGUGAUCACGGUAAAGCGUGAAGGGUUGGCGAGAAGAGCCGGCAUUCGAGUGAACGAUGUUAUUACCAAGAUCAACGAUACUUCGGCGGAGAAGUUGACUUUGGCCCAAGCACAGGAAUUGAUCGCAGAGUCAGGACGGACGGUAAAAAUCUUCGUCAGGGGCGAUGUAGAAGAGGAAAGUGACGAUGAGAUGACUGUGGAUUAUUGGUUUAAACCUUAUGGUUUUUUCUCCUCAGUGAGCGAUGCCGAGCGUGCAAUGCUGGACUGGGAGGCACGUAUGCGUGCUAAUCGGAAUCCGGAUAAAUGGAAUGGGUUGUGGCCAUGGAAUGAUCGCAAGAAAGUAGUCUACAAGGAGUCCAAUUGUUACAUGGUGCCAAGCGUGGCAGAGGAGAAGCGUGAGCGGGAAUUGAGUAUGCGUGUUACGGAGGAUGAAUACAGAAGGCACCUGGAGCAAGAAAAAGCAGAAGCUGCCAAGAAGAACGAGGAACAACGACUGGAAAACGAGCGAAAGGCUGAAGAGGAUCGAAAGGCCGAAGAGGAGGCUUUCUAUGCACAAUUCGAAGCCGAGCAGGAACGGUUGCAUGAGCAUGAAUCUGGAAAGAUUGAAGCCAGUGCAGAAGCUGAUCAGUAUAUUGAGGAGCUGAUGCAGCAACAAGAUGAUCUGCUGAUGGAGGAAGUGAGUACUGAGGUGCUAGAUUUAGGAGCAACGGAGUAGGACCGCUGUAGAGUAACAUGGUAAAGUUUUGCAAGAGUUGAACUCAUUUAGCAUUAACUGACAAGAACAUUCGCGUAAUGUUCGAUAUUUACAUGUAAAUACCGAAACAUAUUUAUCUUUAUUUUUCCAAAUAAAAACUGUUUUGUAUCAUGAAACCA